GUGCAGCAACGUUCUUUCAGUUCUGAAGCUACUGUGUACUGCUUGAGGAACCCAGAAGACAUUUCAUAGCCAUUUAUGACGACUUUAUCUUUCUGCGGCAUUUCCAUAGCAUCAAGAAAUGCUUCAGGCAGUGUGUCUGAGGGGCCUUCUUCUGUUGUUGGUGGGAAGACAGGUUUAUACGGAGGAACAGUGUUUAAAAGCUUCAAUAAAGUCAUGUGAUGACUGCAUCAAGUCUGGGCCUGGCUGUGCCUGGUGUAAAGAUUUGAAUUUCACCAAGACUGGAGAGCAGGAAGCAGCACGUUGUGACACAGCUGCUUCGCUUAAAAUAAAAGGAUGUUCAGCCGAUGGCAUAGUAAAUCCAAAAAAUGAUUUUUUAAAAAUAUCAGAUAAGCCCCUGGUUGCUGGUAGUAAUCCAGUGCAGAUGCAACCACAAGAAAUAGAACUUAAUCUUAGACCAGGGUUGCCCCAAACUUUUCAACUAAAAUUUCAAAGGGCAAAAGGCUAUCCAGUUGAUCUCUACUACCUAAUGGAUCUCUCAUACUCCAUGAAAGAUGAUUUGGAGAAUGUGAAACAACUGGGAAAUAAUUUACUUACUGAGCUCACAAGAAUCACUGGAGAAGCCAGGAUAGGCUUUGGUUCGUUUGUCGACAAAACGCUUCUUCCAUACACCGACACCAAUGAAGCGAAGCUCCAACGGCCGUGCCCGGAUAAAAAUGAACCAUGUCAACCAGCAUUUGGUUUUCAGCAUGUGCUUUCUCUGACAAAUGAUGGGGACAUGUUCAGAAACUUGGUCUCCAAGCAGCAUAUAUCUGGAAACCUGGACCCCCCAGAGGGAAGCCUGGAUGCCAUCAUGCAAGUCGCUGCCUGUGUGAAUAAUAUCGGUUGGGGAAACAGCACUCGUCUGCUGGUGUUGGCCACUGAUGAUGGCUUUCACAUGGCAGGGGAUGGAAAACUUGCUGCCAUUCUGGAACCAAACAAAGAAACCUGUGAGCUGGUCAACAACAUGUAUAGCAAGAGCAACCUCUGGGACUACCCAUCCGUUGGACAGAUUGCUCGCAAGCUGGAGGAGCAAAACAUACAACCCAUUUUUGCAGUCACCAAAAAAUUGGAAACCGUGUACACAGAGCUGAGCAAACUGAUCCCUAAAUCUGCAGUUGGAGUGCUUUCUGAAGACUCUAGCAACAUUGUCAAUCUAAUUGUUGAAGCAUACAACAACUUGACCUCUGAAAUUAUCAUGGCUCAUGAAGCUCUCCCAGACUUCAUAUCUGUGAAAUACAGCUCGAACUGUAUAGGCGGAGAAAACCUCAGUGACAAGGGGAAAUGUGAGAAUGUGAACAUCGGUAAGGAGGUGACUUUUGAUGUGACGGUAACAGUAGACAAAUGCAUUGAAAGCCAGAGCUUCCUUAUCGGUCCGUUGGGCUUCAGUGAAAAACUGAAGGUGAACGUGCAGACUCGAUGCAAGUGUGAAUGUGAUGAUUCCAGUGAACCUCAGUCUCACUGUAAAUUCCACGGCAGGAUCAUCUGUGGUAGCUGCAGUUGUGAUUCGGAUUACAUAGGACAGCACUGUGAGUGCAUACGAGGCCAAAAGGACGAGGCGUCAUUGAAAGCGCAGUGCCGGAAGGACAACGGGACCGAAUGCGAAGGCAACGGAGAUUGUCUGUGCGGACGCUGCCACUGCCAUACUACAGAUGGCGGUGGCAAUUUCUAUGGCGAAUUCUGUGAAUGCGACGAUGAGCACUGUGAAAAAUAUAACAAUAAACAGUGUGCAGAUCAUGGCAAGUGCAAAUGUGGUACAUGUGAGUGUGAUCAAGGAUAUGAGGGCACAGCGUGCCAAUGCCCAAAAUCCGAUACGGAGUGCAAGAACGAUAAUAGUAUAUGUCAUGAGCGUGGGAAAUGUAUGUGUAACCGAUGUGAAUGCGGGAGAGGAUACAAGGCGCCCUACUGCAAAACGUGUCCUACUUGCCAAAGUCCUUGUAAAGAGUCACGGAGUUGUGUGGAAUGUCUGGCCUUUGGAACCGGUCUGUUUGAAAAGAACUGCUCCAUAGCUUGUGGACAUCUGAAACAUACGAUGGCUGACAAAUUGUUCAGUAACGACUGUCGAGAAAGAGACAAAGAGGGCUGCUUGAUGUACUAUGUAAUGUCAGAACAACUUGGAUUUGACAAGUAUUUUGUCAGCGUCCUCAAAGACAGAGAAUGUCCCGAGGGGCCAAACAUAGCAGCUAUUGUGGGAGGAUCUCUGGCAGGUGUGGCAUUGAUCGGUCUCCUGAUCCUCCUCAUUGUCAAGGCACUUCUGUAUGCAAGUGACCUUAGAGAAUGGAAGAGAUUUGAAAAAGACAGAAAACAUGAAAAAACAUCUGGUACCAACCCGUUAUUCCAGAAUGCUACAACCACAGUUCAAAACCCAACAUUUUCUGGAGAUUCGUGAAAACAUUUGGCGGGGUGAAUGCGUCAUUCAAUAACAUAGCUUUAACUUUUGUUAAUUUUCAGUGAGUCAUUAGAAGUCAUUUUAUAUUAUAGAAGACAUAUUAUUUGAAAGUUUGACAUUAAAAAAGGCUUUUUCAUAUUUUGUGUAAUGCAUAAGAAAAUUGUUUUAUUUUUGUAUGCAGAAAAAUAUAUGAAGAGAAAUCAGAUUUUAUACUUGUUGAGCUUUGAUGACAGUGAAAUGUAAUAGAUUGUGGCAGUUCUGCUGCUGAAAAGAUAUUUGUCUCUGAAAUGGUAAAAACGUUUUUCAAACACACGAUAUACUGAUAUUGUGUGUUUUGUAUGUUUACAAAUGCAAAUAUCCGAAAUCUGAAUAGAGCCCCCUGUACUGCAUUUUACAGAUUUCUCAUCAUAAAUCAUUAAUAUUGAACAUAUAAGUUGGCUUUCUACGUCAAGAUAAGAAUUGUAACCUGAAAAUUUGCUUACAGCUUUGCACUGUAACCAGCUUGUUGGACUUUCAAGCUUCAUAACAAUUAAUCAUAAGUUAUAAAAACGUGUGUGUUUGAGGGCUAUGUACAUGUCUUAAAUAUAAAGUUGGAAUUACUGUACUUUCA